AUGUGUGAUUCCAAAGAACCUGCGUCACGGUUCGAGGAAAUGUAUAAGUACAAUGGGCGACUUGAGCACGAAAUGCAGGCGGAACGCCGUGAACGUUUGCUGGCGGAGCAGCGGUUGGCCCGCCAACGGGAAGUCGAUGCCGGACGACCCGGGUUAGUGGAAGAAAUCGAAGGCCAGACAGAUAAUGAGGGCGAAACGAUGGAAUGCCAUCAGGAGCAACCACCGGCCAAGCACAAAUCACGGCGGACGAAAUCCACCUUUUCCCGACUGUACAGCAACAAGGUGCAACUGUCCGAGUGGAUGCAUGAGCGGCCGGCUGAUUUCGAGAACUGGAUCGUCGUCCCGUGCCCGGUUGGGGCGCGUUGUUUACUUGUGAUUCAUAAAAUGAGCGCCAUCGCUUACCACAAGGGAGGUCGCUCCAUCACAGCGACUCGCACAAACUUCCGGCACUUUCGGGGCACAACCGUACUGGAUUGCGUGUAUACCGAAAAUCCGCGCCACUUUUACGUGCUCGACGUACUAAUCUACCGGCACUUGGAUCUGGUGCACUAUGAGUGUCAGUUUCGGUUCGCGUGGAUCAAAGCGAAGUUCGACGAAGACAACCUGAGCGAACGGUUCACCACAAAACCACCCGAACGAGGAGGCCUCGGCUUAAGCCUGCUACCGACCUACGAUUGUGCGCAGCCCGAGAGUCUGGCCACAUGUUGGUCACACUAUCCAGCGUUCCGCAACGAUAGUCCGCGAUUGGAUGGGUUUCUGUUUUACCACAAAGAGUCACACUACAUCCACGGCCUAACGCCGCUCGUGACGUGGCUGUUCCAAUUCAUGCUAACCGAUGUCCUGCAACUGCCUUCCGGAAUGGUCAAUAGCGGCUACCUGGACCAUAAACCUGCCUCGUACACCGGAGAUUACGCAAAGUAUAUCGGUGAUUUCGAGCGGAGGAGAAAAAAGAGAAAGCUUCGCCACCGCCAUCCGGCCAAGAAGAGAAAGACUAAGCAUAUGUCCAUUGACGACGCACCCGCUGUCGAGCCGGGCGACCAUCUCGCACUCUGGGAGGCGAUGGAAGCGGCACCGCUAGAUUCGGAAGACGAGGAUCUGCGGCCCAAAGAGCUGGACGCCAUACGCGAACUGGAGAUGGAAGGCUAG